GAUCUGCCUUACCUAAGAUGCCUUUCUGAAAUAAUCUGUAUCUGUUUCCACAGGGCAAGUUUGAUACUUGUAUUAGCCUUCCCCGGAGGGGCUGGGGCUAGGAGGCCCUCUGCAGGUGCUGGCCAUGGGAGAGGUGUGGCACAAGCUGGUGGUGCCACCCAGGGCACGACCGUUACCAGGCCAGUGGGUAAACCGCCCCGCUUGCGCCAUGGCGGGCCCACCGCGGCCUGUCUACCAGGGGAGUUUCACAGACAGAUUUCCCCACAUCUCCGCUGCUGGGAAGUUGUUUCCAACUGGUGAUACAGCUGCACGUUGCCUCACUGAAGCUUUACCCAGGCCUGUUACUCCAGCUAUUGUGAAAAAGUUUCGAAAUACGACAAAUCCAGCUCCUGGUGCUAAAAGAAUAUUCUACAGCAGAGCAGAUGAUCCUGACAUUGCAGCUCACUUGACACACGGCAUAACAUCAGGUUCUUCAGUUGCUGUAGUUUCCUUGGUAAAUCCACUUCCUAAAACUGAUUUUCAACAAAAAAUACAAGACAGAAAAGAAGCAAUCUACUUUAGUAAUCGUGAAGCACCAUUGGGCAGAUCACAUGAUCAAUCUGCUAUGUUACCUCAGGGCUUGGAUAUAACUAAUACCACAUUUGGAACAAAAAUUAUCCAAGAUAAGUCAGCUGGAGAGCUUAUAAAUCCUCCAAAAACUUUUGAGGAAGUAGAUAAAGAAGCCAGAGAAGGACAUGAUUUGUAUGUUGUGUCAUACAAUGAUUAUUAUUCCGGGGAAGCAAUAAAUAGGAAGUAUGACUCACCGAACUUUAAUAAGUCUAAUGUGUAUGGAAUAGAAACCCCUCACUUUGAAGAUGGACGAAAUGUAUCCAAAUCCUUAAAUUGGCUCUAUGAUUGGCAAUUGAAAAGAGCAGCAAAAACUGUAUCGAAAAGAAUGGAUGAUUUCAAGGAAAAAUUUCAGCCUCAGAUUGGAAAAGUCCUUGAUCCUAUAGCAGAAACAAUGAAUGUUCCCGCAGACCAUACCUUUGGAAUGUUACUCCGUCCAGAUGAAUGUGGCGUUGGCGAUCUUCUUCACUGUAGAGCUCCAAGUGAGUUCCUCCGUGGCAAAGACAGAGAGAGAGCUGUCUUAGCUGCAGUUCGGCAAAGUCUGAAGAAAGUUAACUAUGAAAAUUUUGACAUGUUACUAGAAGCAUUCAGGCAUUACGAUAAGAAUGGUGAUGGGAUGAUAGACAAAAACGACCUGAGGAAGUCUUGUUUUCAACUUAAUCUGAAACUAGAUAGUGAGCUCUUGGAUACCUUAUUUGACUAUUGCGAUUUGGAUAAAGAUGGUCUCAUCAAUUAUCUGGAGUUUGUAAACUUUCUGAACUGGAAAGACAAAAUGGCUGUGGAAGAAUUUGAAGAAAAAGUAAUCACAAAAGGGAACAAACUAGAUGUUCCUCCUCAGUCUGACACAAUGACAGAUGAUGAGCCACUGUUGAAGCAAGAAGAUCUUGUAUUAAAAGAAGCAGGAAGCUCAGGAAAGACACCAAAAAUGCUUACAAGACCAACAGACAGUGUAUUUGCAGACUAUCAAACAACUUCUUCCCAGUAUAAUGCUGUAGUAGGCGGUCUUCCAACAGACCAUUAUCCAGUACGUGGUGUUCCAACUAUUCGUUCAGAUAUUCUGGCUCCUCGAAUUCGCCGCAUUAGUGACAGAAAUAAUUACGGUGAUGAGGCCAAUGCUUAUGCAUUACUGUUCCCUUCUGUCUUCAGUCAAAAGGGAGUGUAUGAAGGAGACUUCUUUAAAUUAAGACCAAAGGCAGAGGUAGCACAAAUUCUUCGCAACAUUGGUGUAAACAUUUCAGAUGAAAGAUUUGAAGACAUUUGGAAACAAGCCUGUAUGAAAAAACAGAAAGAAGAGGUUUGUGUAGAAAGUAUCAGGAAUAUACUGGAUGAGAUGCACGCAUCACACACAAAAGAUUGUUGCUAAUUGUAGUCUUAGAGCAUUGCAUUUAUUUAAAUUGACAUCAGUCAUAAUUCUGGUGCUUAAUGCAAUAAAUAUUUUUAGAAAGAUGUGCUUACAUAACUGAAAUUCACUGUUUAUUGUCUUUCUAAAUAACGC